AUGCUGUUGCUGGGCGUAGUCGGGCUGGUGACUACGGUGCCUACGCCCUUAGAUCAGAUCACUCCGAGAGACGGCGAACGCUGCGGCUACGAUAGCUGUACCGAGGCGGAGCCAGGCGUCCUGAACGUGCACAUAGUUGCGCACACGCAUGACGACGUCGGCUGGCUAAAGACCCUCGACCAGUAUUACUAUGGAAGUCGAAAUAAUAUUCAGAAGGCUUGCGUCAAGUGUAUCCUGAAUUCAGUCGUGAAAGAACUAUGGGAUGACCCCAAAAGAAAAUUCAUCUACGUAGAAACAGCCUUCUUCUGGAAGUGGUGGGUGGCGCAGCCUGACUCCGUGAAGUCCCAGGUUCACACCCUUGUGAGGCAGGGCCGGCUGCAGUUCGUGGGCGGGGCUUGGAGCAUGAACGACGAAGCUGCAAGCCACUACCAGAGCACUGUCGAUCAGUUCACUUGGGGACUACAAAAAUUAAACGAUACGUUCGGCGAGUGCGGGCGGCCGCGCGUCGGCUGGCAAAUCGACCCGUUCGGGCACUCGCGGGAGCUCGCCGCCGACCUGGCGUCCAUGGGCUACGACGGCCUCUUCCUCGGCCGCAUCGACUACCAGGACAAGGCUCAGCGGCUCAGAGAGCGGACUAUGGAGGUGCUGUGGCGAGGCAGCGACGAUCUCGGCAAGUCAACUGACAUCUUCACUGGCGUGCUUUACAAUACGUACUCACCCCCUCCCGGCUUCUGCUUCGACGUGUUGUGCGACGACGAGCCGAUUAUAGACGACGUCUCCUCGCCUAUGUACAACGUCGACGCUAAGGUGGCAACGUUCCUAGAGAUAGCCGCGAACAUGUCGAAAAGCUACCGGACUAAGAACAUCUUAGUAACGAUGGGAGAAGAUUUCAACUAUUUGGACGCGUCGCUGUGGUUUGAGAACCUAGACAAGCUGAUACAAUACGCCAAUCUGAAAUCGGCCAAAGAGAAUCUCAAGGUGAAGUUGUUCUACUCUACUCCAACCUGCUACUUGAAGGCAGUCAAGGAUGCCAAACCCAGCUUGCCCAUCAAACAAGAUGACUUCUUCCCCUACGCAUCAGACUCGACCGCCUACUGGACCGGGUACUUUACUUCCCGCCCCACCACCAAGAGGAUGGAGAGAGAGACCAACAACUAUCUGCAGACCUUCAAAAUGUUGCAAGUCCUAACGAAUCUGCCCGAAUCUAACAUGUUCAUUCUAAAUGAGCUUAAGAGUGCUAUGGGAAUGAUGCAGCAUCACGACGCCAUCACGGGCACGGAGAAGCAACAUGUGACGCACGACUACGAACGCAUCGUGGCGCGCGCGGUCGACGACGCUUACAUCAUCGGCAACCAGGCCCUCAACAAGCUGGUCAAGCCAGAAACGAGUCUAGUUUAUGAACGCUGCGAGUUCAACCAAUCGCAGUGCAGCGUCACCGAGCGCAGUCAGGCUUUUGUCGUGACUGUGUUCAACAACCAGGUGAUGCCCAAAGACUCGUCAAAGAUAGACCUGCCCGUCAUCGGCGAAGGAUAUUCCGUUUACGACGCGACUGGUACCAACAUACCCUGCGUUAUACAGAAACUCUCAUCAGAAUACUUCUCAAUGCCAACCAGACAAUCCAACGCCACGCACACCCUAUGCUUCUUCGCCAAAAACUUGCCCGGACUCGGCUACAAAAACUUCUACGUGAAAAAAGAUACAAAAGAAAAAAGAGACACUAAGAAAAGAUACGAUUAUUAUUCUAACAUAAAUGAUUAUUGGAAAGACAUUAGAGAUAAAACCGAGGUUGAUAUAAAGAAUGUAGAAGCUGAAACGAUUGUGGGUAAAUCUGAUACGAAUGUUUUGGAAAAGGUACCAGUUAGGGAUACUUUGAAUAUAGAGGUACAUGAUUAUGAUAGAGAUAUCAAUUGGGAUGUUUUGAAGGAUGGAGAUGAGAAUAAUGAGGAGGAGAUUCAGGGUAUAGUUAAGGAAGCGAGCAAGAAGCUUGUUGAAGAGAUGGCGCAAGUCAACAAGGACAGCAAAACGGUGUUCCCGAGGAUGAGCGACGACGAGAUGCGGAUGCUGUCGGAUGAUCCGCGGAUGUCGGAUGAGCCGCGGAUAUCGGAUGAUCCGCUGGUGUCGGAUGAUCCGCUGGUCGUGGAAGCCCCGAGAGACAUAGUACUGGAGAACGAUUACAUCACCCUAGCCAUCGACAAGGACAGCGGUUGGAUGAGCUACUCGUCCAAAACGGAAGGCAGUACGCUCAACUACCUGCCCGUGCCGGGCUACUACAUCGGCUGCGAGGGCGAUAAUAAGGCUCCAGCCAACCGGUCGUCUGGCGCCUACAUCUUCCGCCCCAACAUGACCUCCUCCCCAGACCUCAUCACCUUCCACCACUUCGCCAUCACCAACCUCGUCCAAUCAGACCUCCAGGAGGCCCGCAUACACUACGACACAUCCGUCUGCCUCACCGUCGGCUUGAAAGACGACACUGUCUACUUUUCAACUAUUCUAAACAUAGAUCAAGGCAGAGAAUAUGCCCUUAGAUUCCAAACUGACUUGAAAACUGACGGCGCUUUUUAUACUGACUCAAAUGGCAGACAGAUGUUGAAAAGAAUAAGAAACAGCCGCCCGCAAUGGAAUGUUACUUUAGCUGAACCGAUUCCCGGCAAUUAUUAUCCGGUAGUUAAUGAGAUUUAUAUAGAAGAUGAAGAUUUGAGGGUAGUUGUGAAUGUGGAUAGGGCUAGAGGUGGCGCGUCGCUUAAAGAUGGCUGGUUUGAAAUUAUGCAGCAUAGGAGACUGAAACAUGAUGACGCUUUUGGUGUAGGUGAAGCGCUGAACGAGACUGUAGGUGGCAAAGGAUUGUAUAGCAUUGAUACUGUAAUGCUACAAGUCGUUCCUAAAACUAAAAAUAACUUAAUAAAUGCUGCUGUAAGAAGUUUACAAUUCUUCUCUGAACCGCAGCUUUUCGUAGCUGAAGCACCUUUUAAUUUAGACAAAUUCAAAACAAUGAAAAAUGUAUACAGUUUUCUAAAAACUGAUCUUCCUAAAGGCGUUCAUUUGUUGACUUUGGAGCCGUGGAAAAAUAAGAUUUUGAUACGUUUCGAAAAUUAUUUAGAUAAAGAACUGUCCCAUGAUUAUGUUUCUGUAGAUUUGACUAAAGUUUUUAAUACUAUUGAGAUUGGAUCGAUAAAAGAAACUACUUUAGCGGCCAAUGUUUGGUUAGAAGACUAUAAACAGUGGGAAUGGAAAACAGAUGAAGAGUUUUCUGAAAAUUUAAACAAAGAGUAUGGGAACGAAGACGUGUAUAGAGCCAAAGAUCGUAUGAAAUAUAAUGAUGAUGGACUGAUUAUAAAACUAAGGGCCAAAGAAAUUAGGACGUUUGUGGCGGAGUAUCGUGUUAAAAAUUAAUUUUUAUAAUUGUUAUUACUGUUAUUAGUCAAGUUAAUGUAGAAUAAAGAUUUUAAAUACUU